AUGGACGGGGACUUCGGCUACUCCGCAAGCCCCCAGGUGCGGUUCCUGGUCCGGGGGCGGGAGUUCGUGACCUCGCUCGACACCGUGACCUACCUGCCGGACUCGUACCUCUCCUGGCUGGUGGCCAACAACGCGGAGAACAUCCAGGCGGGCGCGCCCAUCACCGUGGACCGCCACCCCAAGGUCUUCCGGCGCAUGCUCGAACGAAUGAACCAACUCAAAGAAAUGCAGGUGCAGUUCCAGAGGCCCGAGUCCCCGAAGUGCAUCGACAGGAGAGGAGAAGAAGAGACGUUCGCCCCGCGGUCCGCCAUGGACCCCCGGACCUUCCCCCACAUCGACACUAGCGCGAGCUCUCUGUAUGGUGGGGCUGGCAAGAAGAACGGCAGCGGGACGGGCCCACAGGGAAGCAGGUUGGUGCAGCGGGAGUCAGCCUUUUAUGCCCCCGGCUCCCAGUUGGCGCCCUUGGUGAAUGGCGGGCAACGGCAGGCAAACACUUGGGAGGAGACGGCAGCGAUGGUUGAGGAUGCUGUGCUGGACAUCGUGGGCCUGCUGGACAGGUGCUUGCACGAAAAGAGAUUCUUCGACAAGGCUGUGUUCAUUCUGACGUGGGGCCGCAAUGGCGACCAGGCCAAGGUGCUGCAGCCGUAUGUCUGCCACCUGUUCGACAGUGUGACUGGCAAGAUGAUCGACGUCCUCAGGGCUACCAAUGGCAACACAGCCUCGGGCAGCUGGAAGGACUUCGAGAGGAUGUACGAGAAUGCUCACCUGUCGCAGGAGAUCCAGCACUAUGUCAAGGAGGGCCUCCGCAAGCUGGGGUUCAUGUGCUGCUUCACGGACCUGAAGAUAGACCCCGACAACUUCUUGCACUGGCGCUUGGCAAAAAAUGGCCACAGUGUGAAGACUCUGGACAGGGAUGUGGCGCUGAGGUGCUUGGUUGUGUCCCUGUGA